UUUACUUUCCGAUUUUUGAGUUUUUUAAUUGUCUGACUAGUUGCUAAACUGAACUCUUGAAAAAACCUUGUUGAAAAUAACAAAUGUUUUGGUUUCCUAGGUAAUCUACGUGUUGUUUAUUUUGCUUGAUAUAUAAAUAAACUACGUUUAAAGUACUUUGUUGUUAUUUAUUCUAAGCAGAAUUUACCAGAAGUUACGUGUGGACCACGAAAGCUGCUUGUUUAAGUUGUUACUGCUGAAACCGUCCAUAAAAGGUGCCGUGACAACUGUGGACCAUUUGGUGCACAGUGCACACUUGUAAAGGAUCUACUGGUAUUAAAACUGAUUCACUUUACUUCACUGAGCAAUUAAGGAAACUCAAGCCCUUCUACUGUAGAUGUAUUAUUUAAGCAUGCAGAGCAAAGCAGCACAAAAUUGUUUAGGUGCUACCGCACCAGUUGGCUCGUUUGUAAUUUUGUUUGUAUUAAAAUGUUAGUGUCUUAACAUUCCAAUUUUAUUAAUAAAAAUUAUACAAAAUAACCUUUUGUCAUAGCUUAUUUCCUGUCAGUAAAAGCUGCUUUGAUAGUCAAGAAUUGUUUUGGUUAGGCAUUUAGAAAUGAGACAAUCAAAUCUGUGAAUCUGCAAAACAGGGUACAGGAAGCUUUGAUAAACUUCCUGCUAUUUUACUCAUCAUCCCUGCGGGUUCAUUCAGGGAAGCAUCGCAAGGCAAUUUCUAUUAGAUAACUCCAUAUCUAUCUCACUGUCCAGAGAUUUUUCAAUCGAAUGCCAAUUGAUUGUUUGCUUUGAAAGUGACGUACUAUUGAGCCUCUCUGUGUAUUUAGCCUUCAGAAUGUCACACAACACAGGAACAUACGACCUUCAGGAAGAUGCAAGCCUUGCUCAGAUGUCUUCUGUUUACGUCACUGAAGCUACACAAUGGGCUAAUAAAACACUUAUUCGUCCUUAUUAGUAAAAACAUUUAACACCACACAACACCUUAUGGAGCUCAAUUGGUAGAGCAGUGUAAGCAUCACAAAGUUCAUGGAUUCGAUUCCCACAGGGAACACAAAAUGUAUAGCUUGAAUGCACUGUAGGUUGCUUUGAAUAAAAGUGUCUGCCGAAUGCAUAGAUGUUAAGGAGGGCCUCAUAUAGCUGCCUGGAUGUUGGAUAGUUUUCUGAUUGUCUAUAUGUAUGAUAUAUUGAACUGCUAACUGACAUGACUGGGUGUACAGGCACAGGAAGUGAAUGUUUUUGGUUGCCCUCUGCUGCAGCUGUAAUUGUCCUCUCUGUUAAGGUCUUUACCCAGAUCAUCCUCAGCCUCCUGUUUCCUAUUUCCACAGGUCACCUUUUUGUAAGAAGGUGGAGUGAGUUCAAAACCGCGAUCUUUUCUGCACCAUCAGCCAUAUUAAGUGUGUUCAGACAUCUGUACAGUUUUUGUGAUGUUUAAUGUUAGUACAGUGAUGGCUAGAGUUUGGUUAUCCUCGAGUCUACUGUUCUUAUUAUUUAAUUGCACGCCCUGUUUAGAUGUAAAUCAAAUCGAAGUUCCCACAGGUGAUGGUAUUUCUGGAGUUUUGCUCGUCCUAACCAAGGAUAAGAAGUACAGUUUUAAUGCCACAACGGCCAAAGAUGCAUGCGAUGCUAUUAAAAUGAGAAUCGCUACGAAGGCUGAAGUGGAGACAGCAAACCAACAUGGCUUACAGACAUGCAGGUUUGGCUGGGUUGAAGAGCAAAUUGCAGUUAUUCCUCGAAUAGAGAGACGCCAAAGUUGUGGUAAUAACAAUCUGGGCGUUACUGUAUGGAGAGCUGACAUCAGCAAAUUGUUUGAUGUUUAUUGUUUUAAGCCAUCAGGUCCUGAAACAACAACAUCAAGAAUGCUUGAACCUACAACAGAAGGGGGCAGAACCUCACCAACCCACCAUUCUUCUACCACAUCAGUUGAUCCGUUAACCAUUCAUACUAGCUCUUCUCCUGUCACAUCUCUUCCUCCCUACUCAUCCCCACCAUCCUUUUCCUCUCCAUUCAACACUUCCUCAACAAUUAGUCUUUCCAGCAUUAAUGAAACUUCCCAGGCAGCAACAAGCACCCAGGUUCACUCGACUCCCAGAACCUUGACCAAAUUCUCGACCUCACACCCCUCAUCUUCCUCUCAUUCAUCUACUAAUACUGUUUAUCAGCAUACUUCAACUCCAAAAGGCCGACAUGAUCUGUCUCAGACUGGUAGACCUAACAUACCUUCCCGUAGAGCAGUUCCCAAAACAGUUGCUAUCGUUUCUGUUGUGCUACUACUGUUAUUAGCAGCUUCGGGUGCAGCUUGGUAUCUCAAAAUUAAAAGAGGACAACAAUUUCCAUCCUGGACCAGAAUGGGGCCAAAACACAUUACUGAAACUGAAAUGUGGAGACACAUUAGGAACAGACAUUGCACGCAAGAACAGACGAGGAAAGACAACAACAACAGGAACUGUGACAACAUUAUCCUUCAGAUGGAAGAAGAUCCAGACUUAGACGAUUCACCAUAACCCUUACAAAAAUUAACUAUGGUUUUACUACAGUUAAAACGAAAAAAAAAAGGUUACUAUAGUAAAACCAUGGUAACUACAAAAUAACCAUGGUUUACUACAGUUAAAACAAAACAAAAAAACAUGGUAACUGUAGUAAAACCAUGGUAACUACAAAAUAACCAUUAUUUUGCCAACCAUGGUUUUCAAAAACCAUAGUUUAACUAUGGUUAGUGUAGUAAAACCAUGGUUUUGAUUAUAAUACACCAAAUGGUUACUACACUUUUACCACAAUAAAACCAUGAUUAUUUUUUUAAGAACUGUGAGGGAGCUGUACAUGAUUUAUAUAUGGUUUAUUUUGUUAUUUUGCUAUUCAUUUAAUUUGGUUUUAAAUAACCUUUUUUUAAACUACAAAAGGGUGUAAAUACUCAUUGUCUUGUCUAUCUUUCAUCAUAGUACACUUUUUAACAUUUUAUCAUUGAACAUUUUUGGCUGUUUUGCCAUAUAAGUCAUUAAAACGAGUAUUUAUAACACAUC